CCGCCCCCCCCCCGUCAUCCGGGUCCUGGGCGAGCGGGAGCCGUGCGUGUGUCCCGCGGCCGAGGUGCUAAUAAAGUUGCAGAGCGGGGAAGCGCAGCGACUGCGCGGGGAGAGCGCGCCCAGCCGGCCCGCGAGACUUGAACCAAUGAAAGAAGCAUAUGGCACUUGUGAAGAUAAAUGUCAUUCCUCCUUCUUUACUUGGAACUCCUGCUUAGGACCUGUAUGUGACUUUUCACCUGUGAUCUGUUCUUCCACUAGCUACUGACUUUGAUUACAGGAAGGUCUCUGAAGAUUCGUAUCAAAUGACGUCAAUGGCCAGCUUGUUUUCUUUUACUAGUCCAGCAGUGAAACGAUUGUUGGGCUGGAAACAAGGUGAUGAGGAGGAAAAAUGGGCAGAAAAGGCAGUGGAUGCUUUGGUAAAAAAGCUAAAAAAGAAAAAGGGUGCCAUGGAGGAACUGGAGAAAGCCUUGAGCAGUCCAGGACAGCCAAGCAAAUGUGUCACUAUUCCCAGGUCUUUAGAUGGACGCCUCCAGGUAUCUCACAGAAAAGGCUUACCACAUGUUAUAUAUUGUCGUGUUUGGCGGUGGCCUGAUUUGCAGAGUCAUCAUGAGCUAAAGCCAUUGGAUAUUUGUGAAUUUCCUUUUGGAUCUAAACAAAAAGAAGUUUGUAUCAAUCCAUACCACUAUAAGAGAGUGGAGAGUCCAGUCUUACCUCCAGUGUUAGUGCCUCGUCAUAACGAGUUCAACCCACAACACAGCCUUCUGGUUCAGUUUAGGAACCUGAGCCACAAUGAACCACACAUGCCACAAAAUGCCACGUUUCCAGAUUCUUUCCACCAGCCCAACAGCACUCCUUUCCCCUUAUCUCCGAACAGCCCCUACCCGCCCUCCCCGGCCAGCAGUACCUACCCCAGCUCCCCUGCGAGCUCUGGGCCAGGAAGUCCUUUUCAACUCCCAGCUGAUACGCCUCCUCCUGCCUAUAUGCCACCUGAUGAUCAGAUGGGUCAAGAUAAUUCCCAGCCUAUGGAUACGAGCAAUAAUAUGAUUCCUCAGAUUAUGCCCAGUAUAUCCAGCAGAGAUGUUCAGCCUGUUGCUUAUGAAGAGCCCAAACAUUGGUGUUCAAUUGUCUACUAUGAAUUAAACAACCGUGUUGGGGAAGCUUUUCAUGCAUCAUCUACUAGUGUGUUAGUGGAUGGAUUCACAGACCCUUCAAAUAACAAAAGCAGAUUCUGCUUGGGAUUGUUGUCAAAUGUUAAUCGUAAUUCAACGAUUGAAAACACUCGACGACAUAUUGGAAAAGGUGUUCAUCUGUACUAUGUUGGCGGGGAGGUGUAUGCGGAGUGUCUCAGUGACAGCAGCAUAUUUGUACAGAGUAGGAACUGCAAUUUUCACCAUGGCUUUCAUCCCACCACCGUCUGUAAGAUUCCCAGCAGCUGCAGCCUCAAAAUUUUUAACAAUCAAGAGUUUGCUCAGCUUCUAGCUCAGUCUGUCAACCAUGGGUUUGAGGCAGUAUAUGAGCUCACCAAAAUGUGCACCAUCCGAAUGAGUUUUGUCAAGGGCUGGGGAGCAGAGUACCACCGGCAGGAUGUCACCAGCACCCCGUGUUGGAUUGAGAUUCAUCUUCAUGGGCCUCUUCAGUGGCUGGACAAAGUCCUUACUCAGAUGGGCUCUCCUCUGAACCCCAUAUCUUCUGUUUCAUAAUGCAGAAGUGUUCUUUUGAAUUAUAUUAGUGGACUUGUUUUAAUUUUAGAAAAACUUCCAGUAAGAUACUGUGGGCUAAUAUGGAAAAACAGAUAUUACAGCUUAUUUUUUUCUAUGUAAUUGUGACCAACACAUUUAUAUUUUGUGAUGAAUCUACAUUUGUUUGUAUUCAUGUUCAUGUGAUUAACUCAAAAGUGUUUUGAAAGAUGCAGAGUAUUACGCCCCCAUUGAGAAGUUUGGCAUUGAUCUUAAACUGGAACAUGCUUUUGUUUAUUUUCCCAGUAGUUCUUUUUUCAAUUAGUUAAUUUUUUUUUCAAGUAAUACAUCACAUGGUGAAAAAUUGUAGUGUUCAGAGGGCAUGUAUAGUGAAAAGUAAGUCCUCCUUUCUUGAUCUUCAGAAGCUGUACUUCUAACAAAUUCUUUGUCCCACCAACUUUAAAAAUGCGUAACACAUUGUUUUUCAAAAGCAUAUGGUAGGGGAUUAAACUAUUAAAAAAUUUUUUUUUGAAGGAACACUAUGCACUGCUCUAACAAGUAGUGUUCAGUAAAAGCAAAGUGAUAGUUUUCUAGAUGGCAUCAUAAAAUUUACAUUUAAUAUAGCUAAAUGUCAGUGUAAUGUGAUUUUAUGCUAUAUAUCUUUUGUAAAACAUUUCCUUUUUAAAAAAAUUAUACAAGUAAUUGAUCUCUAUUAUAUGUCAUUUACUCAAAAUCUGUCAUAAGUACAGUACAACUUUAUGCUAGUGACAGUGCAUGCAUGGUCUUGUUCAGCUGUUUGCUGCUUUUGGCCAAUGUUGCAAGAACUCUAAUUUUGACCUGCAUUAAUCUUUUAUUUUGCACUUUUGUGGGUGACAGUUUUUAGUAUAGCCUCUGUUAAAGCACGCUCAAGUGACUUGCAUUUAGAUGCUUAUCCUUCUUGGUGCCCCUUUUGUAUUAACAAACACUGCAGUUUAUAGAUUACAGUUGUAGAAAGCUAUGCAUUGUUUAUUUUCAACAUAGUUUAUAACACAACUAUUGUGUAGCUCCAAACUAAGGUGCCUUUUAAAUUCAUUACAGUUUUAUGGGUGUUAUUAAUGUUGGCAAAUCUUGUACCUAAUGAUGUUACUUGUACUUAUAUCACUUCUUCCCAUGCAGUGACUUAUACAUUACUUACAGAGCCAUAGGAGACACCAAGGAUGAGGCUACUGGUCCGAUACUAAAUGAAGCAGCAAUAGGUGUUAAGAUAGGUGAUUCUAAAACAUUCACAUAUCAAAAAAAAAAAAAAAA